CACACGAUCGAAAUUGAGACCGAGGGAUCACAGAACUUUGUCAACCAACGUUCAACCACACAACACCGCCAAAAUGACCAAGCGCACUAAGAAGGUCGGCAUCACCGGAAAGUACGGAACCCGUUACGGUGCCUCGCUCCGUAAGCAGGUCAAGAAGAUGGAAGUCACACAGCACGCCCGCUACGUGUGCCAGUUCUGCGGCAAGAACGCUGUCAAGCGUCAGGCCGUCGGUAUCUGGAACUGCCGCUCCUGCCGCAAGACCACCGCCGGUGGUGCUUACACCGUCGCUACCCCCCGCCGCCGCUGCCACAAGGUCGACCAUCCGUCGUCUCCGCGAGAUUGCUGAGGUUUAAGGGAUCAACAGGCGCUGGGAUGGGGGAGUUCGUUGAGCGUGUUUCUCUGCAUAAGCAGCCAU